AUGCGAGCGGAUCCCGCGCACCACUUGGUGCUCGGCAGAGCGUUUACUGCGUUACGGCAGGGAAGCUACUCGGAAGCUGCUCUUGAAUUCAGCAAGUUGGACAAAGUGGAUCAUCCCGAGGUGCAACAGCACGUGCUGUUGGGCCGAGGCAUCGCGAACACAUUCCUGGGCCAUAAGGAUAAGGCACUCAAGGACCUCACCAAGGGCACAGAGCGCUACCCACAUGUGGCGGACUUCUGGCGGCGCCGGGCGCACCUGCUGGCGUCCAUGGGGAGGCAGGCAGACGCCCUUAGCGACUACUCUCGUGCUCUAGAACUCGAGCCUAACCACCCUGAGACGAUACAGGAAAGAGGAGUGCUGGCCUUCCAGGCGGGUGACUUCUGGACGGCCAUCAGCGACCUCACUGCCGCACUCAAGCGCCAACCCAAGGACCCCAUGCUCAUCCGUGCCGUGGCUUUAAGUUAUGGAGGAGCGGGUCAGUGGAGGGAGGCGGUUGAGGUGAUGGAGGAGGCAGUGAGGCGGCACCCAGGGGUGGCGCUGCUGUGGAGUGACAAGGGCCGCGCACACAAGGAGCUGGGGCAGGCGGACCUUGCAGUGGCUGCACUGCACAAGGCACUCGCGCUGGAAGAAUCACCAGAGGCAUAUCUACGGCUGGGCCUUCAGUUGCAGAGCAUUGGGGACCACAGAGACGCCAUCAAGUACGCCCACAAGGGGCUGAAGCUCAGGCCGAUGGACAUUGAGCUCAACUACCUAGAAGCUUCGUCGCUGCAUGCAGUCGGGAACUACAACGCUGCUAUAAAGCAGUACAGUGUGAUUCUAACGCUGCCUGCUCAGGCAGCCAGCGAGUAUGCUCAGGUCCAGCAGUCCUUGGCCUUCUAUCAGAGGGACAUUGCCACGUACACGUGGUCCAAGCUCACCCGCCCCUUCAUUGACUUCCAGAUCGACCAAGAUCUUGACACCAACUUCAAGGAAGCCUGGAUCCGCCGACUACCACCCACAGUGCUGCCCCGCUCAUACCACCCCCUAGACCUCCCCCCAGGCGCCAGGAGCAAAGGCAAAUCGCCUGGCCUGCCUGAGCUGUCAGAGGGGGCACUUGAGAUUAUCGCCAAGGCGGAUGAGAUUGGGAGCAGGACGCAAUACUUUCUGGACGGCUUCAUGCCCAACAAGCGCCAGUUCCGCAUGGCAGGGCUGGCGGCUUUGGACGUGAUGCAGCAGGUUCGGACUGCAUGGGAGGAGAUGGCACAGGAGGGCGAAGACGGCGGGACAGUGGAGGGAGGAGUAGUAGAAAAUCGGGGAGAGGAGGCUCAAGUGGCUGAGGACGAUUCUGAGUCGACUCAAAAGCAGAAGGACGAUAGGUCCCCAACCAGUCGUCAAGGAACAAACCCAGAAUCCAUACAAGCCAGGCGAAGAACCAGCAAGAGGGGAAAGCUGAAAAGAAGGGCUUUCACAGACUCUUUCUACAAGCUGACGAGAGGAGACGGCAGGAAGGGAGAGAAGGGCGCAAAGGGAGGGUUGAAGGGGCGUGCAGGGGGGAAAGGGGGAGGGCGGCUGAUGGAAGGAUGGAGGGACGUGUUCAAUGUGAUUGUGCCGUGGAGGCAGAUAGGCGAGCCCACGGACCUUGUGGCUUGGAUCGACCUGCUGGAGAAUGAGAUCGAGAGGGGGUAUGGAGGCCUGACUGCCCUUCAGGUCGGUCAGAUGCAGAACGUCAAGUACUACCCACUCAAGGACAGAACGUUGGAGGUGGUGAAGCAGCGACUGCUGGACGCAGAGGAAGCUGUCAACGCGACGGGCAUGACCAUGAGCUCCAAGAGCGUGCAUGGCCUCAUGGGUGCGGCUCUCGGAGGCAAGUUCAGCAUUCCAAGGGCCGUCUACGGUGAAAAGAUCAAGCAGGCAGAGAGUGUGAAGGAGCUCCAUACAGCUGUGGGCUGUGACUUCUUCAUCAACUCGCAGUGCCUCAGCGAAGCCAUUCCAGGCAAAGCUAUUCUCGGGACCGAGUUCUCCAUUGUUGCAUCUGCUCGGUCGUUUGACUUUGCCAUUCGCACGUCAGUGGACUGGCCGCGGUGGAAGCACCUUGACUUGGAGCUCACAGCAGCAUGGGAGGCGCUGUGUGCGGCAGUGCUGGAUGCACACACAGAAGCAGCGGACCCGCAUCGCUACCGCCAAAGGAUUCAAGACGCCAUCCUCCGCCUGGGGUACUUCUGGUAUCAAUUCAUGCCUCUCACCAGAGGGUCAGCCAUGGUGGGGCUGAUCUCCGUUCUGGGUCUGUCCCUGGCUGCUGACAUGGAAACCACUGCUUUCAUCCCUAAGGGAGUGCAGGUUGAUUGGGAAGCUCUGCUUUCUCCAUCAUUUGCCAAGUUUAAUGAUUCAGUGGCGCCGUGGCUAUAUGAGGGAACCAAGCUGUUCAAACUCCUUUCUCCGCCGUCCCCCUCUGCUCCCCCUCCCCCCGCGUGUGGUUCCCCCUCCUCUGGCCGAGGGGAGAAGCUGCUGCUGGGGGGAGCGGACCUGUGCGCCCUGAUGCGCGCGGAUGGGGGGAAGAGUGGCUUGGCUGGAGGUGGAAGAAAGGGAGCUGCGGAGGAGAGCAAGGGGGAGCUCAGAGGAGCGGUGGGGAGUUCAGGAGCAACCGUUGAGAAGAAGGGGAAGAGAGGAGAUGCGUCGGAAAGAGGGGGACAUGGGGGGGAGCAGAAGAAGGGACGUGGGGGCAGUGGGGACCCAAAACGGCAUGAAACUACCAGGAGGCGCAAGGGAGAGGAGGAGGAGGGUGAGGAUGAGGAGGAGAGAGACAGGGGAUUGAAAGGAAGGGAAGGAGUGAAGAAAGGGAGGAGGGAGCAGGCGAAGCCGACAGUCAAGGGAAGUGAAAGCAGGGAUGAGAAGGGGAGUGGUGGUGGUAGUGGUGGGGUUGGGGAAAAGGGGAAAAGGGGUGAAGGGGAAGGAAGGGGGGCGACUCCCAAUUCGUCAUACGUCCCUCCUCUCCCCAAUCGUGGCUUGAUCUUAUUCCCUCAGAUGCAAGCCAAGAAGUUCCAGGAAGCGAUCAACCUCUUCAACCAGGUGCGCCCGCCCACCCCACUCACUCAACCCCCUCACGACUUACUUCCUUCCUCCGUUAUCCCUAUUCACCACACAACUCGUAAUCUCCUUACCACUCCUAAGUUCAUCGAAGCUACCAAUCUCUUCAACCAGCCCCAUUACACCGCUCUCAACCCCUCGCCUAUUCCUCCCUUACGCCUCGCAUCCCCCUCCCAUUACCACAUCCCUUUCCACCCUGCUCUGUCUCCCCUCCCACCCUGUUCUCUCCCCGCAACAGGUGGAAGCGGAAGGCGGCGAGCUGUCGGAUCAGCUGUACAUCGGCAGGGGCCUCUGCCACCUGAUGCUCAAGCAGAAGGGGAUGGUCGUCUCACAGGCUUCCCUCCUCCCUCCCCCCGUCUCUCCCCACAGGUGGAAGCGGAGGGCGGGGAGCUGUCGGAUCAGCUGUUCAUCGGCAGGGGCCUCUGCCACCUGUUUCUCAAGCGCCUGGACGACGCUGAAGAUGACUUUACUGAGGGCAUUCAGCACUUCCCCAGGAGUGCGGAGCUGUACCGGCGGAGGGCCAUGCUGUAUAUUGAGAGGAACGAGCGUGAGACGGUGCGUGUCCACGUGGACGUGGAAGGGGCAGUGGAGGAUCUGAGUCGGUCGCUGGAAAUAGAGCCUGACAACCAGGACGCCCUGCAGCACCGAGGCAUCAUCGCCUUCCACAUACACCUGUACAGCAUGGCCAUUGCAUGCAACCCCAUGCAACUGAGCCCGUGUGACCCACUGUCAACCCCGUUCCCCCUCUACCCGUGCCCCACCCCUUGCCCCCAUGCAGGCAUCAUCGCCUUCCACAUACACCUGUACGGCAUGGCCAUCGCUGAUCUCUCCAGGGCGCUUGACAUGCGCCCCAUGGAUGCCUACCUCAUCCGUGCCAAGGCCAUAGACUUGGGUGGGGGCAGGCCGCCGGCGCAACGCGAGCGCCAUGUUCAGCGAGGCAGUGAGGCGCCAUGCUUGACCUUACAGUCAACCCUUCCCUUCCUCCCCCCACCUUCCUCUCCACUCUCCUUCCCACCCCCCUUCCCACCCUCCUCCCCUCACUCCUCCUCCCCCCAGGGCAUAGCCCUGACCAGGGCAGGCCACUGCCGCAACGCCAGCAGCAUGUUCAGCGAGGCGGGCAUAGCCCUGGCCGGGGCUGGGCAGUGGCGCAAUGUGAGCACCAUAUUCAGCGAGGUGGUGAGGCAACUCGUGAUGCCAGGCCUUCUAGUUCAACCCUUCCCCUCCCCCCUCACUUCCCUCUCGACUCUUCCCCCCCUCCCUUCUCCCCCUCCCUUCCCCCCACCACAGGGCAUAGCCCUGGCCGGGGCAGGGCAGUGGCGCAAUGCAAGCGCCGUGUUUGCGGAGGCGGUGAAACGCCACCCAAUGUCAGCGCACCUGUGGACGGAGAAGGGGCGCGUGCACAAGGAGCUGGGGGAGGUUGAUUUGGCUCUGGCCGCGCUGCAUAAAGCCCUGGCUCUGGAAGACACGCUGGAGGCGUACAUCCGCCUCACGUCCCUCAUGCAGCUGGUGGGCCGCCACAAUACUCUAACAUCCUCGGCCUCUGUCCCUCCCUACUGGUUUGCUGUGUCAAUCACUCACUCACUCUCCACCCCCCCUUCUCUGUCCCCCUCCUCAUCUACCCAUGCGCAGCUGCAUCAGUACUCUAACAUCCUCGGCCUCUCUCCCACAGACAGCAACACCGGCACUCUCCAGGGCAUGGCGUUCUACCAGAGGGAGAUAGCAGCCUACACGCUAUCCAAGCUGGAUCUACCAUUUUCUCAGUUCCGCCUUGACUAUGAGCUCCACAACGAGCUCAAGGAAGCAUGGGUACGAAAGCAGUCGCCCCUCUCCAUCCUCCCCGCCUACCGCCCCCUCCCCAUCCGCCUCGUACGCAACCCCCCCCGCAUUCGCUUCUCCCCCCAAGUGCGCGCUCUCAUCGCCAAGGCGGACGAAAUCGGGCGGCGCACGCAGUACUUUGUGGACGGCUUCAUGCCGCACAAAAGAUAA